AAAGAUCAGUGGACUGAUGUGGAGGCGCUUACGUGGCACCAAUAAAGCACUGAGAUGACACGUGUGCGGCAACACGUGGAAGAGGCUGUUGUGCACAGGAAUGCUGUGAGCUAAAGGAACAUGUGAGUGUGGGACUGACCGAGCUAGGGAGCAGCUGGAUGAAGAAGAGGUAGGGAGGAGUUGAAAGCAGCACAAGGAGAGGUCCUUUUCAGAAUAAAUUGGGUGGAGUAGGACCAUGGAGAGGCAGCAGCUGAUUCAACAGCACACAUGGUUGCACCGGCAUUCAGUACAGUGGAACUGUGUCUACAGGUUCACGAGGAUUUGUAUGUAACCGCGACAGGGAUCCAAUAACAUCCCCCAUGUGAGCAGUGCCACCAACUUCCCCGUUAUCUCCUUCCUAAUUCAUCGACAACAGCUACUGCUCAAUCAAACCCUAGCAGAAGCUGAAGACAAAACAAAAGAAGGAAAUAAAGUUCAUCGUUCGGAAUCAGUAUUAUGUCUGAGGAUGGAUGGUGGUGGUGAACAGAAGAGAAAGCACGACAAGCACAAAUGAGAGAGAGAGAGAGAGAGAGAGAGUUUGGGGAGUCGUGGAGCCAACGGAGCUCUUGAACGUAACUGUAAAAACGGUUCAACAACGAGCACAGGGAACGACCAAAGCUCGAUUAGCAGGGAAGAAAUGUUCAUGGCCAACGGCAGCAGAUAAGAGAAGGUAAAAGGAAGAUAAAGAGAAGAGAGGAUUUGGGGAGUGUUAGGUCGAGUUGUGAUGUCAAUCCAUCACAUUGUUCCUCCUCUUUGUUUUGUCUUGGAGUUCCUUGAGUUUUAACUUCCUUUCAACCCAGCGGUCUGCCCCACUCCAAUAUGGAGGAAUCGAUCAACUCGUCAUCUGUGGACGGCGCGCCCGGCUCCAAGGUUGGCUCAGCUUCUUCCGAGGAGAGUGGCUGGACCAUGUACUUGGAGGACUUCAUGGCAUCAGAGGAGAAGCAAGAAGCGGGUGGCUUCUACUCCAGCGCUGUCAAUGGGCCUUCUGCGAUCUCCGAUGCUGCUUCGUGUGUUGCAUGGACGCCGUUGAGUCUGAAGAAGAGGAAACGGAAGGGGCUACUAGAAGAUGACUCCUUGGAAGAUACUGCUAUCUCACCUGCUAGUAGCUCCAAGGUUACUGAUUUAAAUUACUUGACCAUGAAUCCAACCAAGAAAGAUGAUCACAGGGAAACACCUCAGGAGGGCGUUGUUGGCUCUAGGAAUAGCCAAGAACUAAAUGGAUUGAGUUCCACUGAGAGGAAGAAUGAAUGCACUGAGCAGAAGAAAAAUGGGGUUUGUCUAGUCCCUUUGUCCAUGUUAGCUCACUAUCUAGGCUAGAGUUUUAGCUGUUGUAGUUCAAGAAGAAUAUGGUAGCUUACCAUAGAGAGGAGUUCCUCUCUGUUCCUGUAUUUGUGCAGAUGCAUAGAUCAUGUGUGUGGUUUUUAUAAGGGAGCUUUUGGAGUUCACAUCAAAAAAAAAAAAUUUGCUUGUGCAGUUUUUGUGAUGACCAAUAUUUCUUAGGACUCACUAUGUACAUUGCAUGAUCAUACCCUCCCUCAUCACCUUCGACUCUUCAUCUCAAUCCUAGUAAAAGAAUUCCUGUGUGCACUGUCUUCCAGUUUCAAUCCAAAGCAGAGGGGGAACUUCCCAAGCUCAUGCUGGAAUCCCAGUCAUCUUUUGAAUCCAGAUGACAGCAAUACCAUGCUCUCAGAACCUGACAUUCUUCAAGACUUUUGUGACCAAGGAGUCAAUGAUUCCAUGCAAGUGCUUCUGUGGUCUCUUCAAAAUCAUUUCUCUGAAUCAUUAACAUAAGAGAUUCCAGGAUUUAACUAUGGAAAUGACUGCCACAAAAGUCUAAUGGUAGGAGUACACAAGUUGAGAACAAUAGACGCUUGAUUGGGGUGGUGGACUAUCCACCUUGUUCACAAAGCCUCUAUCCCAGUAGAUGGACAGCUCUACUUUUUAGGUCUUGGCAUCUACACAGGAAAAGGAGACAGUUUUCCAACCCAACCACAUGCACCACUGGCUAUACAAUACAUCAAUGCUCACU